CUUCUGCCAGCCCGCUACGAGGAGGUGGGCCUGCCCGAAACGCAGCCCUGGUCAGUUUGUUCGGCAAACUGCCGUCACAAGAGAAACUUGGAGAUUGGGGAAGCUAAGGCCUGCCCUAUUCACCGUCGCGACCUUCACUAUCGCACCGCCAUUCACGGUGCUCGUACUUUACUCCGAUUCCAGUCGCUUUCGAGCGGUGCUAACAACAACAAAACCGGCAACAGCAGCCGUAAAUCUUCCUCCGUUACUUGCGUCUCCCCUGAAAGCAACCCUGAGCAUGAUGAGCCCUGCUUCGAUAAUGACUCCGGUAACAUCGCUGUUUGA